CCCCACGUCAAAAUGACAGCAGAGGUACUUUAACUAAAACUCGUUCAACAAGCUGUAGUUAAAACACUCCUGCCAACUGCUCUGAAGCACAGGGACACUAAAUACACAUGACACCAAGGCUGCUGGAGCAUGCUAAUUAGCAUGCUCCUGCAGACUCAAUUAAUUGAGUUGGCUUCGAUGCAUUCUAAUUAGAAGUCAUCAGAACAGGCGUUGAGCACAUGUAUAAGAUAGCGUGCUAGUCAUGGCAGACAGUAGAGUCCUUGGUGAUUUAAAGGUGCAAUACAGAGAAGAGAGUCACAAGAGCUGCAUCCCUAAAUACAUAGAAAUAUAGGACCAUACAGUGCAGUGGGAUUUCCGGUUUAAUGAUGGCUCAAGAAUGGGGCCUCCAACUGAAAUAACUGCUGGGAAAUGGGGUUCAAACCAUAAAUCGUUCAAGACCUGGCUUGUGCCAGAGAGAAUAUUACCAUUAAUUAGCCUCAUUCAUAUCUCCCCAGUCUCUGGAAGGGAAUGCACGAUCCCUUUUCCUGACCUGUAACUGGCAAGUGCAAUUCUUUUCCUUUCUAAUCACAGUAAUUGCUUUUCUGGACUUGCUAAAUUAAGUGUUGAGCUCUUACAGCAGGUAAAGUAAUUGAGAGCCACAGCUGAGCCCAGAAACUUGUUCAUUAGCAUUAUUCACUAACCGCCUCUCAGCACUAGUGAAAGAGGUGCCAAAAAGGUCAAAAGACUUUGUGCUUGCAAAAGCCUGGCCUCCAGUGAACAUCUUUCCCCUUUUGCCACGGUAUAAUGUCAUAGCGGUUUAACAUACUAGUCAAGUUGUACAUUUUUGUAUUUAUACAAGUAAGUAAAACAUUAGACUCUGUCCAAGCAGCAGUUUUUGCUGAGGUGACUAAAAAUAUUCAGAUCGGGUUUCUUUCCUCUUCCCAAGCUAAUUAGGCAGUGACAGAGGACCAAGGGCCAAAGGCCUGCUCUAGAGCCCCUGGAGCUGAUGAAAAGACUCCCCCUGAUUUCAGCAUGCUUGGAAGCAGACCUGGCACCUGGGAUCCCUCUCUCUUGUCUCCAUAUUGCUUGGAAAUGGAUGAUCCUUCAUAUAGAGGGUGAACAGAAUAUGGUUCUCCAUGCCCAACAGCAGAAGGAUCAGUCCUCAGGAAAGCAGCUUCAGAGCCUGCUUCUCAUGGUCUUGAAUGUCUGUGUCCUUCAUAGUUUGGUCUACUCUAGCGAUCGAGUAUGUGGCCUGAUGUCUUGUUAUUCCAUCCUAGGGAGAUGUGCUGGAAUGUGGGACAACAUGAGCUGCUGGCCUUCUUCCCCACUUGGACAGACGGUCAAUGCACACUGCCCCAAAUUCUUCCAAAUGCUCACUGGGAAAAAAGGCUUCGUGUAUCGGAACUGCACCAGUGAAGGUUGGUCCGAGACAUUUCCAAGACCUGAUGUUGCCUGUGGCUAUGAUGUGAAUGACACUACUAAUGAGGACAGACGCACCUAUUUCAUGAAGCUGAAGACCAUGUACACGGUUGGAUACAGCACUUCCCUCCUGACGCUGAUGAUAGCCUUGGGGGUCCUGGCAGCCUUUAGAAGACUCCACUGCACAAGGAACUACAUCCACAUGCACCUGUUCACAUCUUUUAUUUUACGCGCCCUGUCAAACUUCAUCAAAGAUGCCAUGCUGUUUUCCUCUGAGGAUGUCAACUACUGCAGCGCUCACAUGGCUGGAUGUAAAAUCAUCAUGAUCUUCUUUCAGUAUUGCAUCAUGGCUAACUACAGUUGGCUUCUGGUGGAGGGCCUGUAUCUCCAUGCCCUCCUGGUUAUUUCCUUCUUCUCUGAAAGGAAGUUCUUCUGGUGGUUCAUCGCCCUGGGAUGGGGAGCCCCGAUGGUAUUUGUUAUCACAUGGGCCAUUGCCAGGCAGCUACAUGAAAAUAUAGGGUGCUGGGACAUUAAUACCAAAGCUGCUAUCUGGUGGAUCAUUAGAGGCCCUGUAGUUUUGUCUAUUUUUAUUAACUUCAUCCUUUUUGUGAAUAUUUUAAGAAUCUUAAUGAGCAAGCUCAGGUCGCCAGAAGGAAGGACCAAUGAUUUCGACCAGUACAAGAGACUUGCAAAAUCAACACUCCUUCUCAUUCCCCUCUUUGGAGUUCACUACAUCAUUUUCGCUUUUUUCCCUGAAGAUGCGAAGAGUGGCACAAUGGAAAUCCAGCUCUUCUUUGAACUGGCAGUUGGAUCAUUCCAGGGAUUUGUUGUGGCUGUGCUUUACUGUUUCCUUAAUAGUGAGGUUCAGCUGGAAGUCCAGAGGAAAUGGAGGCAGUGGCAUUUAAGCAAACACUUGCAUCAGCAUCUCAGCUCCUCAGCUAGUAACGGGGGAAGCAGUUUCACUCAGGUGAUGCACACGAUAAAGCCCAGCCCUCCUGAGCAAAAGAGGCAGUGCACCCGGAAAUCAAGUAUCAUUUAACAGAGCCCAUUUGGACUAACUCAGGCACGCAUGCUCAACUUUCCAUGGACUGCACCAGGAACCUGUUUGUGCAUCCUGACAGCAGAACUUGGCCUCGGGUCAACUCAUCUUGCAGCAUAUCUAUUUGCUGGUAUCCUGCAUAAGUAUUAUUGUGGUCAUUUUGCAAAGAAGGAGGCCAAACAUCUUGCUCUUUCUCCAUUUUUCUGCAAAUCAGUCUUGUUUGCCUUCCUCCGCCUGUAUUUUGGGGCUGUCAUGCUGACCUGAAGCACUUGCUCUUUAUCAUGUGGCUUUUUCUUGGGUCGUCUUUGCUGGGUUGUUCUCAUGAUUUUCAAAUGUAUUUUAUUUCUCAUUUUUUUAAAUUGAAGGUUGCACUAUAUAUUCUGCUUUGCAGAAUGAAUGCUGCAGUGUACUCUUGAGCACCAUAUUGGUUGAAAAUGCAGAAUUAGUUAUUCCUUUGUUUCAAGCAUAGUAUUUGUUAUCCCGUUGUUUCAACCUAUCUUCAGAAUCUAAUUUUAGAAGAAAUAGGCUGGGAAGGUCAGGGCUUGGUACAGUUAUUUCUCUCCUAUUAUGUAGCUGUUACCUAGAUAAGUUUCAAUGGCAUUGGAAAUAGAUUUCUUCCCUUCCACUCUUCUACUAAAGAAGAUCUCAGAAAGCAACACAAUUGUAUCAUUUAGAUUAAUGUCAGUGCUUGAGCUGGCAGCAGCAGAGCUACUUUGGAAAAUUCCCACGUUAGCCAACCUUAAUAAAAUGGCCUUUGACACAAAUUGUCAUCUCUGUAUUUAUGAAUCCAUCCAGUCCAUCUUCAAAGGGAACCGGUGGAAAUGCAGAUACUCGGGGCACUUAAAACUCAAUUAAACUAGACAAUAAAGUGGGAAGCAAACCAGGACUAGCAGGGGAAAAUCCUUUUAAGGUCUGUCCUCACACAAAUCGAAGGAAGUCAGUGAGAUUAUACAAUGUAUUUCUGGAGCUACACUUAUGAUAUAUGCCAGCUGGUGUUCUGGUCCAAAAUAACAAUUUCAAGAAUGAUAUCUUGGUAUGUGAGUUUCCCUGGCCCUAGGAAGGGAUGAAACAGUUCAGCUAAAAAUAAGUCAAACCGAGUAGCUAAAUUUAAGAAAUCCAUUUAAAAUAAAUUCCCCUAAUGACUUCA